UACGCGAGGGAAUACAUCGUCAAUUUCAUGCUCGCCAAUAAGGACAAGGAGGCGAUUCUCAGGGUUGCAGCAGCAGGACGCACCUCCUUGUUCCUCGUCCUGCCGAUGCUGCUCCUUCUUGUGGUAUCGGCCACAGUUCGACCUGCGGCGGCGGCGGCGACCAAGGUGUGGAAAGGGGAAGGGACUCGAUACAGCGUCAUGGCUUUCCAUGCCGCUGGGGACGGCGAGACGGGCGAUACUAAGGCGUUCGAGGAGACAUGGGACUCUGCGUGCAGGGACAGCGGCGGGGCCAACGUGUACGUCCCUGCAGGAAGGACCUUCUUGCUGCGCGACGCCACUUUCAACGGGCCCUGCAAGUCGCCCAUCACCAUGCAGGUGGACGGGGACAUCGUGGCGCCAAGCACCCUCUGGCAGCUAAAAUCGUCAAGCGUGCUGACCUUCCACGAGGUGGACAACCUGACGGUGGACGGCUGCGGCCAGAUCGACGGCCGGGGCGCCCCGUGGUGGGAUUGCUACAACCACAAGAAAUGCAGUGCCCGGCCAAUGCUGGUGUCAUUCUCGUUCUGCAACGGCCUACGGGUGACCAACGUACGUCUCAAGGACAGCGCCCUCAAGCACAUCAGCGUGUACAGGUGCAGCCAGGCGCUGGUGCACAACGUCUCCAUCUCCGCGCCCUGCGACAGCCCCAACACGGACGGGAUCACCAUUGGGGCCUCCGACCAUGUCCGCGUCUCCUCUUCCUCCAUCCAAUCCGGUGAUGAUUGCGUGUCGAUUAUAACGGAAACCACUGAUGUCAACAUCACUGACAUCGCGUGUGGGCCCGGCCAUGGCAUCAGUGUGGGAAGCCUUGGAGGUGCCGGUGAAGGCCCAGCGAUGGUGGAGAGGAUUACAGUAUCCAACUGCAAAUUCUUCAAUACGACGAGCGGUGUCAGGAUCAAAUCGUGGCAGGGAGGGCAAGGCAAAGCGAACGGAUUCAUUUUCAGGGACCUCAACAUGACUGAAGUCCAACAUCCUAUCGACAUCGACCAGUUCUAUUGCCCCCAAGGAAACUGUCCAGAACGGCAAGGUGGUGUGGCCAUAACGGACGCGAGGUUCAUCAACAUCCACGGGACGUCCUCCGAGCGAGAGGCCAUCAAGAUCAUGUGCAGCGAAAGCGUGCCGUGCCACGGCAUCUAUCUCGAUAAUGUCGACCUAUCAUGGUGUAAACACACUGCUCCACCACAAGCCAAGGUUAUGAAUGCCCAUGGGAGCGUCGCGGGCAUGGUGAAGCCACAAGUGCGGUUCUUGGGCCGCUGAUCCCCAGUGCUCUUCCCGGGCCGUUGAUCCCCGGUGCUCUUCGUUGUGAACAUAGUGCUUGGACAUAGACAGAGGAGCAGUGCAAAAAUUCUUACCUUAGGUGAGCGCCAUGUAAGGUCAGGGUAGUGGUGUUAAAAUUGGAUUGGCUGUAAGGAUGGUAGUUAUGGCCGACUACACAUACACACAAGUUGUAGGCAUCAAGCACAAUGUAUGUUGUUCAAAGUUAUGGAUGUCCAACUCUUAUUGAUAUAGUGAUUGUGGACAUGCCUGAA